AUGUUAUCUGUUAGUGUUAGAUGUUCUAAAAUGGAAAUAGGAAAUAAGGUUUACCUAAAUAACAUUGAGCAGAUAGAUGAAAAAUCGCAUAUCAAGGUUCGGGUGCUUAAAAUUUGGAACUUUGUCAGAAAUAAUAAAGUUUGUUCGAUUGAAAUGAUCAUCAUGGACGAGGAGGGUACACAAUACCAAGCUCGUGUCUUCAAUCAAAAUUUCUCCAGAUUUCGUCAUCUUUUAAAGGAAGAUGAAAGUUAUAUAGUUAUAAAACCCAAUAUGGCUGCUGUUACUAAUGGUUUUAGUUAUACAGAACAAACAUGCCCAAGAGACACAUUCUUUGAUGUUAUUGGACAUAUCGUUUCUGUACAUCUGAAGGUUACUAUUUUUGGAAGUCAAGCAUAUCAGAUUUCAGAAUACCUAAAAAAUAACCCGACGGUUAAUUUUGUUGUUAUCGUGAUGCAGUUUUUGAAGCUAAACAUUUGGAAUGGUCUUGGUGAAGCUAAAAGUCAUUUUGAAGUAACGAAAUUGUUCAUAAAUUCUGACAUUUAUGAAAUAAAUGAGUUUAAAAAUAAGUUGAAAUGUCAUGACAAUUUCGGAAUAACUGAAAAAAGCAUAACUACACUUCAAAGCUACUCUUCUUCAUAUACAGAUGACUUUAAGGGCAAUUUUCCAUUAAAAACAGUCUGUGAGAUCACCGAACCAAUUAAGGAAAUGAAGUUUUUAUUAGUUGCUUCCAUUGUUAAUAUAAGGCAGAAUCUACCAUGGUAUUAUGAAGCAUGCAAAAAAUGUGGAAAAAAAAUUAUCCCUGUUCCCAAAACCAAUCAUUCGUAUACCAACCCUGAGGGAAUUUUAGAAACUAUGGUUGUCGAGUGUACAAAUGCACAAUGCAAAAAAUCUGAAUUUCAGUAUAUAAUUCCAAUCAAUGUACAAGAUUGUACUGGAACCAUUGGAUUGACUCUUUUUGAUAGGGAAGCAAGGAGGUUGUUAAAUAUAAGUGCCUACGAGUUGAAAAAGAUACAUGAUGCGGCCGGAGACAGUGAUGCCCUAUUUCCAAUGCAACUUAACGUGUUGAAAAACCACAAGUUUGCUUUUGUUGUAGAUAUUACAGAAUACAAUGUCAACAACUAUAAUAACAUCUACACAGUUCUCAGAGUUACAGAAGAUAUGUCCAUUGUUUCUGAAUUAGAAAGUAAAAUAGAACUUAUGAGUAUUCAAUCUGUCUCCUUAAAUCAAGUUGCUUUGGAAUCCGAUGAUGUUGUACAACCUGUUCAAAAGGAUGUCAUCUCACAAACAGACGAAAGUUUUACACCCUCAACAGUUGAUAAGUUAACCGCAACAAGUCCAAGCAAAAUAUCAUGUGAUUUGAAGUGCAACCUCCAAGAAAUUUAUGAUGUUGAUUCUGGAUAUGAUUUAAGUUCAACUAAGGCUAAAAGAAUUUCAACCGCAGAGGAAACUCCACUCUUGAUUCCAAAAAAGGAAAAGAUGUGA